AUGGCUGCAUCCCUCCUUGCCAGCGUCUCCCUGCUCGCCCACUUGAUACCAGCGCAUGCAUCCCCGGACGCAAAUUCCCUCUCACGACGUGCCACCAAUAGCUCCUCCGGCUGUGGCGGCAGCCUGAAGUGGGAUUUUGACACCGACAACCACCUUGUUCAGAACACCACCGUCGGCGGCGAGAAGCGCACCUACCUGGUCCAUAUACCCGAUGACUACGAUCACUCGCAAGCCCAUCCCCUUGUCCUCUCCUUCCAUGGCGCCGCCGCAGACAUGCAUGCCCAGGAGAAGGCGUCACAGAUCUCUGACAAGCGACAGAGGUUGAACAAUAUGGGACUCAUUGCGGUAUACCCGCAGGGGCUGGAAGGCGACGACGGGAGGACGGCGUGGAGAGGCGCGCCAUACGCGAGCGAUGAUGCGGAGGAUAUUGACUUCACCGGCGCCAUUCUGAACGAGGUUUCUGAGAACCUAUGCGUAGACCAACUGCGAAUUUACGCGUCUGGGAAGUCCAACGGCGGUGGCUUCGCCAACCGCCUCGCCUGCAACGCGAACGUCACGUCCCGCUUCGCCGCCUACGGGCUCAUCUCCGGCGCCUACUACCCCGAUGCCCUCCCCGGCAGCGACUGUAAGCCCGGCCGCAAGGUCCCUGUCCUCAUCUCGCACGGCGACGCCGACACGACCAUCAAAUUCUCCGGCGAGUCCUCCAAUGAUGCUGACGAGGACCUGCCCUCGAUCGACGACUUCGCGAAGAACUGGGCGUACCGCAACGGCUGGGAGAAGGACACGUACAACACCUCGCAGCCGCACGAUGACACGAAUCUCUGGACGUGGGGCGAGGAUGGGGCGGCGGGGCAGGUGAGGCGGUAUCGGAUUAAGGGGAUGGACCAUAUUUGGCCGAGCACGGCGGAGGGGUUGGACACGAGUGGGAAGAAGGCGCCGUUCAAUAUCACGGAGGCGGAUUUGUUGCCGUUCUUUGACCAGUACACGAUUAGUUAUGACAGUUAUACGCGGUCGGGCGGGGGCUCGGACGACAGCGACAAGGACAGCGCAUUCGGACUUCGUAGCUUAGAGCUGUAUAAUCUCUACACUGUGAUGGCGGCGUUGAUAUUUAUGUUGCUUGUAUAG